AUGGAGGAGAAAAACUGGACGGCCUGCCGCCACCUGACAUCCGAACAGCUGGACACUAUCUUCUACACCAGAGUGGCGGCAUGCUUUGUAACGUUCGUCGCGUGUCUGGUGUCACUCGUCAUCAUCUGCUACUUUGUCUGCUGGCGCCGCACAUGGAACACGUUCGUGCAUCGCCUGAAGCUGCAGCUGACGGCCGUAGCGCUGGUUGUGUCCGUCUUGUACCUCAUCCAGGUACUACCCAUGAAAUUGGACAGUAGUCCUGGAGACAGGCAUAUUGACGCCUCCAAGGAAUGGAGCGAAGGCUGCAAGGUCGUCAUCUUCCUCCUGCAAUACGGGGACUGGGUGCUUAUGCUCAUGAUACUAUGGCUGGUUAUAUACCUGUGCAGACUCGCCUGGAAGAGUGGGCAGACGCACACUGACCAGAGCGUCACAUAUCACCAAAAGUUCUUUGAAAUACUUGGGAUGGUAUCUGCCUUUGUCAUUCCUCUGCUCAUAGUGUGGAUGCCUUUCAUUGGCGGAUUUUAUGGCGUUGAUGAUCACAAGUGGUGUGAAUUUAUUGUGAGAGUGAACUGCACAACUAGGACUCGUAGUGAUCUGGAAGGAAUCGGUUACGUCAUAGGUACCUGGUAUAUACCAGCUAUACUGGUCACCCUGGCAUCAACGAUUGGAAUUAUCACCGCGUUAGUGCUAGUGUGGAAGCACUAUAGACGACAGGGGCUCACCCAUCAGAUGACACAGGCUGUACUGAAGGCAAUAGCACCCAUCACGUAUCUGAUUCUGUUCAACCUCAUCAACGUUAUCGAUGGCACGAAUCUCAUCUACCACAGCACGAGUGACAAAGAGAGUCUGAACGGGAGCACAGACUACCAGCUGUGGCUGGUGCAUGCAGUCACGGGACCUGGUAGGGCAAUGACCAUCCCGUUUGGAUUUGUCCUGAGUCUAGUAGUAGUGGAGUGUUGCAGCCAAGUGAACCAAAAGAGAAGAGACGCAUACAACCGUCUAAACUGA